CGCCCGAACCGAGAGAGUUGAACUAAUUUUAAUCCCAAACUACCGUCGCGAUCGCCAAUUCCUCCCGUGCCCUAGACGCUCCCUCUCUUCUCCCCGCUCACUGCUUCACGCUGCCCUCGCUUUCCUCCUUAGCCCCGCACGCAUCCCGUAGGCGAUCUCCUGCCCACCUACCAGAAGCUCCGGCGAUCGCCCUCAUCUUCAAUCGGUACUUCUUCUCUUCGUGAUUGGAACAUCGAGCAUGCAUCCCCGCGUACAAGUUUGCCUUUUGAACUUCAAACGCAGAAGUUGUAACAAACAAUAGGAAGACGUCAAUUAUUGCAUGGUGGCAUAAUCAUCAAAUGACUGCAGUGGUGCCAUUUUGUUACCAUAUGUCGAAAUUAUGAAAUUAAUGGAGGUACAUUGUGACACCCAUCAGCAUGUUGACAAACCAUUGUUGGAAAGUAGCGAACGUAAAGCAAAGGUUCGUCUUGAGUUGUUAAGGAGAUUGACUAAUGAUCCUGAGUUGUGUCAUAAUACUCUUAGAGUGAGUCCACCGGCGUUUGUUCAACUUUGUAAUCUUCUAAGAGCUACAAAACUUGUGAAGGCUAAUAAGAAUUCAUCAGUGGAGGAAAAAGUAGCAAAAUUCUUGUACUUGAUAGCACAUGAUGUAACCACUAGACAACUUUCAUUUUUUUUCCGACGGUCAACUAGAACUAUAAGUACCCAUUUCCAUGAAGUUCUAAGAGCAGUUAUUAGCAUGCACGAGAAAUUUAUAAAACAAUCAGAUCAUAGAUCAGAACUACCACCAGAGAUUGGCAAUAGUAGUCCAUUCACAUCAUAUUUCAAGGACUGUAUUGGUGCAAUUGAUGGUAUACAAGUUAGAGUAAAGAUACCUAGUAAGGAUGCACCGAAUUUCAAAGGAAGGAAAGGAUGGCCUACAACAGACAUUUGGGCAGCAUGUUCAUUUGAUUUAUGUUUCACGUACAUUCUCACUGGUUCAGAAGAGACUGCAUCAGAUUCAAGAAUUUUGAAAAAUGCCAUUAUAAGAGAUGAAUUGGUAAUACCAGAAGGAAAAUUCUACUUAGUUGAUGAUGAUUUCAUGUUGAAAAGUAAUCUACUUGCACCAUAUCCUAGAGUUCGUUAUCACUUGAAAGAAUACUCGCAGUGUGGUCCAGAAAAUGCAGAAGAAUUAUUUAACCUUACACAUGCAUCCCUUCAUAUGGCAAUUAAACGUGCAUUUGGGGUGUUGAAGAAAAGAUUUCCUAUUAUAGCUAGUGGAACUGAACCAGAUUAUCCUAUUCGUACCCAUAUCUGUAUCAUCGUAGCAUGUUGUAUUUUGCACAACUUCUUAAUGGGUGUUGACCCGAAUAACCGAUUGAUUGAAGAAGUAGAUGCAGAAUUGAUGAAUGCUACUAUUGGUAGCUCUGCUGCUAUUGGUCUUGGUAAUGAAAGACAAGAUGAAGAAUUUAGAAGGGGCAUGCUAUUGAGAGAAAACAUAGCUAGAGCAAUGUGGAGCGAUUACACAGUUAAUGAACUUAUUAAGGAGAAACCACAGGUAAAAGAAUGGUGGACAGCACCCAUCCACAACUACGACAAGUUGUAUACACCCUUUGCCCCUGAUCGUGCAGCAGCUGAAGAUGUUUUUGCUGGUGCAUUCUUCAACACCGCUCCUGAAGAGGAGACUCCACAAGACCCAUUAUUGGAGUGUAAUGGUGUCAAUUUUAUAAAACCAUCUGGUGAAGGAAGCCCAAUUUUAGAUGACCAAAUGCCCAGCAAGUUCAAGAGGAAAAGAUCAGCAAUGAAUGAGACAAAUGAUAAAAAUCUUCAGGAUUCAGAAAUCAGACUACUUCGAAUAGCAACAGCUCUUGAAAAAGGUAAACUCAAGAUCAAGGAAGUUGACAAUCCUACAGCUGAAGAGUUCUCAAGAAAGGAAAUUUUUGCAGAGCUAGAAAGAUUGCAAGUUGAUUCUUCAAAGAUCAUAGAUGCAUACUUGCUCCUCUCAGCAGACAAAGAGAAAACAAAGACAUUUUUUGGAGCUCCCGAAUCAUACCGAUUGAGUGUGAUUUAUAAGAUGAUGUCUCAACUCUGAAAAGGACAAGUUAGUAUUUGUGUGAUGUGGCUUUGUAUGAACGUCUCCUCUGCAUGGUUGCUGGUUUUGAGACUCAACUAGUAAAUAUUUGUUACUCCAGUUCCUAGUGCUCGAGAAAAGUGUAAUUGUUUUUUGAGUUGUUUUUAGUUUGCUAAUUAUUUGUCGAUAGUCAUGCAACGUUACUGAAUUCCAGAAGAUUUAGUCAUGUUCUUUUUGCA